GAGUAAACCAAUAACGGAACGAAAGCAUUUGGUGUGUGCUGUGGUCAGGGGGAAAAUGGUUGUGAAUGAAAUGAAAUAAAUAAUUAUGUAAUGCAUCUUACUCAGAAGUCUGACACAAAGAGGGACAUGCGUGUGUUGUUCAUCUUGUAUGACCUGUGAAAGAUGGAUGAAGUGAUGGAUUCUCAAGGAAGUGUGACUGCUGAUGUCGAGCCAGAGGAUGUCAAGAAUGAUGUUCCAAAAACAAACAUAACAGGUGGAAAAGAGGAACUCUUCUGUGGAGCAGAAAAGCAUGACACUUCAAAAGACUGUUUGCUAUCGGAGAACAGACAAGAUGACGCAGCAUCUCAGAAGUCGAUGGACUGUGGGUCAGCAGACAAGGAUCAUGAUGGCAGUGCUUGCCCAGAGGACUCUGGCUUUGCAAAGGCUCAGGUAAUGGAAUCUCAGCAGUUUGUGAAAGACUCUGAUUCUGGAUGUUCGACCAAAGACAUGGUCCAUCUGGUUGCCCUGGGAACUGAGGAUGCUGAGAUAGCAGAGUGCAGUGGCUCCUCUGAUAUGAGCCAGGACUUAAUUGGAAGCCAGUCAGGUGCAAUUUUCGAAAGUGUUUCAUUCGCAUUGCAUAAUAUGGACAGAAGAUGGCUGGGGACACCCAUAGAUGAGCUGAACAGGAUGCCUCAGUGUGCCCCCCCUUUGCCUCACCUGAAAGCAGGGCCUAACCACACUGUCACAAUCAGGACAGAUCUCCUCACAGAGGGAGAUGUCCCUGUCUCCUACCCCACCAAGUUCAAAGAUGCGUGGGAUGAUGUGUCUGUGAAGAUGCCCUGCUCUGAGAAGAAUCUGUUUCCUAUGGAGACUGAGGAUGGAGGUGGUGUCCAAAGCCGGUGGGAGCUUAUCCACACUGCCUUGAAGGGAGGGUUCAAGAGUUCUCUAGAUGUGAGGGAUGCGAUAUUGAGAUACAACAUAGCCCAUGCAAAGAAAUGGGACUUCACUGCCCUGAACCUUCUUUGCACAGAGUAUCUUGAGCAUUGCGAGGCGCAGCACCUGUUUGAGGUCAUACUACCAGCUAUGGUUGACCUCGCCCUCAGUGCUCCUCGCCUCUGCACAAUGCCAAUUCCCUUACUGAAGUCAAGGGUGAACCACUCCCUGACUCUGUCUCAGGAGCAAAUAGCCUGUCUUCUGGCCAACGCCUUCUUCUGCACAUUCCCCCGGCGCAACUCGCGCAAGUCAGAGUACUGCAAUUAUCCUGAGAUCAACUUCUACAGGUUAUUUGAAGGUUCUUCAUCAAGAAAAAUUGAGAAAUUGAAAACUCUGCUGUGUUACUUCAGGAGAAUUACGCAGUCCAAGCCCAAGGGUCUUGUUACAUUCACAAGACAAAUGUUGAACAAUCCUCCAAACUGGGAAAGUUCCCAGACUCAGCUGAAACGCCUACAUAUCACGUGUGAGGGUACGAUUGAAGAUGAUGGAUACGGGAUGCUGCAGGUGGACUUUGCAAACAGGUUUGUAGGUGGAGGAGUGACGGGACAUGGACUGGUCCAGGAAGAGAUCAGGUUCGUCAUCAACCCUGAACUCAUUGUCUCUCGCCUCUUCACUGAAGCUUUGGAAUACAAUGAAUGCCUCAUCAUCACAGGUACGGAACAGUACAGUAAAUAUUCUGGCUAUGCUGAGACUUACAAAUGGAAGGAAAGCCACAAGGAUGAGACCCCCAGGGAUGACUGGCAGAGACUAUGUACAGAGAUUGUGGCCAUUGAUGCACUGAAAUUCAGGCAUUUCCUAGAGCAGUUUCUCCCUGAGAAGAUGGUCAGAGAACUCAACAAGGCAUACUGCGGAUUCUUCCGAAGUAACGCCAACACCAAGCACCUCGCUGCAGUAGCCACAGGCAACUGGGGCUGUGGAGCUUUUGGUGGAGACACACGGCUUAAAGCGCUGAUUCAGUUGAUGGCUGCAGCCGAGGCUGGGAGAGACAUGGCGUACUUCACGUUUGGAGACGCUCAGCUCAUGAGAGACGUUCAUGAAAUAUACACUUUCCUCACCGAGAGAAAAGUCACUGUCGGGAGGCUGUACAGCCUUUUGAACCAGUACUCCAGUUUGGUGUGUAAGAAUUGCCGCACGGCUCGACCUGACAUCAGCCUCUACAGUUUCAUCUAUGAGAAAGUGUCUUCUCACGCGACCCCCGAUGCCCCGGACUCCGCCAAGGAUUCUGGGAUGUCCCCUGUAACAUCGGACUUUCAUUAACUUGGGGAAAGCUGCAACUUAACCCCCCCCCCCACCACCUGUCUCUACGUGUAAAACACACUCCAGGUUCAGAAACCACAAUGUGUUCUCAGCAAUUACAAUCUCUCUCUCUCUCUCUCUCUCUCUCUCUCUCUCUCUGUCUCUCUCUCUCUCUGUCUGUCUCUCUGUCUCUCUCUCUGUCUCUCUGUCUCUCUCUCUCUGUCUCUCUCUCUCUCUGUCUCUCUCUCUCUCUGCCUCUCUCUCUCUCUCUCUCACACAUAUACACUCCCUUUAAGUUUGUGAUCCCAACACACAAACUACCAAAACACAGUUUUGCCUUUCUUGUUGGUGGUAUUAUAGGAGCCUUGUCGUAAGUCACCAAAUCUGGUGAAAUGCUUCAGAGACUUAUAGCAAUAGUGAAUCCUGGUUGCUGUUAGGCCUUUCUUUCGUCUAAAUGUGGUGUGGAAUUCUUCUGUUUUUGCAUACUAACUGCAAAUACGGCCAAAUAUUCAUCAUAUGCAUGGUUGUGGACACUUUUCAUUAUUGAUAAUCCAGGACAUGAUAAUCCUCCCUACUUGUCUUGUCCUAUAUUGUGUUUGACUUUUUCUUUUGAAUGAGUUGUCUUCUCUAUUUACCAUACCCAGGCUGUGGUGAGGUUCCUGAAUGCAGAGAGAUGAUGAGAUGCCAUACUGUAGUCUAUGCAUGGGUUACAUUUAUUUAUCAAAUAUUCUACAAAUAUAUGCUGCUCUUUUAUAUCCUCUAGGAUGUCAACGCUCAAUACACAUAUUGUCCUUAUUUUAAUAUGAGUAAAAUCUAUCAGUAAAACAGUAGCUGGUAUGAGAGUCAUCUCAGAAACAAGGAAUUUAUGGUCAUUUUGAUCUUAGAUCAUUGAUUCUGUUCGUAGUAAUUUAAUCAUUUUCAAAUAUAUUCAGUGUUAAACGCAGUAUUACUACUGUAUAUACGAAUAAAGGGGGGAAAUAGAAAAAUAAAUGAAUUGAUAAAGAAAUUGCACGCAAAAUAUUAUUUUUCUUAAUGUUUUUACUCAAAGUUUACUUUGGGGGUUGUGGUUAUGUUUUUUAUUAUUUACUGUAUUUUCUGAUUGACGGUGUGGGUUCUAUUUAAUAAUGGGUUCAUAGAUAGAUUAAAUUAAAGUAAAUGCAUUGCAUAGUACUGUACCUAAGCUUUUUCGGUUGUACUCUUUUUAUUAUAAUUUCUUAAUUAAAGUAUAUCCUGUAACAGUGGUA